UCCCCGCGAGCGGCCGCCGCGCUUUACGGCAGAGCGGCCGGCAUGGCGUCUGUAUUCAGCGGCGCGCUGCAGCUCGCCGACCUGGACGAUUAUAUCGCCCCCUCGCAGGAAUGCGUAAAGCCAAUAAAAGUUGAAAAGAAACCUGGAAAAGCAGCAGCUAGGAUCCAAAUUGAAGAUGAUGGAAGCUACUUUCAGAUCAAUCAGGAUGGAGGAACAAAAAAGCUUGAAAAGGCUAAAAUUACCCUGAAUGACUGUCUAGCUUGUAGUGGCUGCAUCACCUCAGCAGAAAGUGUGUUAAUCACCCAGCAAAGCCAUGAAGAACUCUACAAAGCAUUAAGUUUUAAUAAGACAGCAGCUCCGAGUGAACAGAAGCUGAUUGUAAUUUCUGUUUCACCACAAUCCAGGGCAUCUCUAGCUGUGAGAUUUAAGAUGAAUCCUCUAGAAACAGCAAAGAAACUGACAGCUUUCUUAAAAAACCUUGGUGUGCACUAUGUGUUUGAUACAACUUUCUCUAGAAACUUCAGCCUCCUAGAGAGCCAGCGAGAGUUUGUGAAACGUUUUCGAAGGCAAACUGAAGACAAAAGGGCUUUGCCUAUGUUGGCCUCUGCCUGCCCAGGUUGGAUCUGCUAUGCUGAGAAAACCCAUGGAAGCUUCAUUAUUCCUUAUAUUAGUACAACCAAGUCUCCACAGCAGGUCAUGGGCUCUUUAAUCAAAGGCUAUUUUGCAGAACAACAGCAUUUAACCCCUGACCAGAUCUAUCAUGUGACAGUGAUGCCCUGUUACGACAAAAAACUAGAGGCUUCAAGGCCAGACUUUUUCAACCAACAGCAUCAAACAAGGGAGGUAGACUGUGUAAUUACGACGGGAGAAGUCCUGAAGUUGAUGGAACAAGAAGGGGUCUCCCUGUCAGAUGUGAGUGCUGCUGCUUUGGAUACUAUGUUUAGCAGCACAGCAGAAGAGGAGCUGCUUGGCCAUUCUGGAGGUGGGUCCGGCGGCUACCUGGAGCACAUCUACAGAUAUGCAGCCAAGGACCUCUUUGGGAUUGAAGUAGCUGAAGUGCACUAUAAGCCUUUAAAAAACAAGGAUUUCCAGGAGGUGACACUGGAGAAGGAUGGCGUGGUUCUGCUACAGUUUGCUUUGGCUUAUGGAUUUCGGAACAUACAGAAUUUAGUGCAAAAGCUGAAGCGAGGAAAGUCGCCGUACCAUUAUGUUGAAGUCAUGGCUUGCCCGUCAGGCUGUUUAAAUGGUGGCGGUCAGCUCCGAGCUGAAGGCGAACCCAGCAAGGAGUUACUUCAGCAAGUCGAGCAGUCGUAUGAGUCUGUCAGGACUGAAACUCCAGAGGCAAAUGGCAGCAUACAGGAACUGUAUGAACAGUGGCUGGGUGGCACAGCCACCGAUAAGGCUGGGAAAAUACUGCAUACGGAGUACCAUGCCGUGGAGAAAAUGAGCACUGGAUUUAAUAUCAAAUGGUGAAGAAGCGUCCAACCUGUGUGACUGCAAGUCUUUGAAACCAAGGCAUACUAUUACUCAGUUCCUUGUGAAAUCCUCCGAAGCCAGCGCACCCUCUAGAAACUUCUCUCACCACAGCUGGGUGUAUACAAUUUGAUUAGGACGUAAGUGGUAUGAUUAACUCAUUUUUAGAGCUUUGAAGGAUAUUUACAUGGUCUGAAUGGGAAAAGGUGUUUGACGCAUCUUUUAAAACAGAAGCAAUAAUGUCUAUUAGCUUCUGGUUCCUCCUUGUCAGCCCAAGCCUGCAUUCAUUUCACUUUCCCGUCCCUGUUGAAGCCAAUGCAGAAGUAGCCCUGGAGUCAGUUGUGGAUGUUCUUGAUGCCCAGAUAAAAUAUUACCAGGCCAAGACCUGAAUGUCACAUCUGCUGUAGUUUCACAGCAUGAAGCUGUAUAGCUGUGGCACUUAGGACAUUUGUCAUUUAGUGAGAACUGGGUUAAUAGUACCUUGGAUUCCAGUUCUGUGUUCCUGCUCAUGACUAGCCAUCCUUGGAGCCUGUCUGAUAUUUGUACUGCAUUUCAAGAGAGGCGAGUGUGUCACGGGCACAGACAGCAGAAGCCUAUAACAAUGUUAUCACGACAUCUAACGCUUGCAUGUUGCUGCCUGCUGAAACAUGACCUGAGUGAAUGUAAAGAAAAACCACUUGUGCCCUGUAACUAUUUUUGCACACAAACAUUCAUGAAUUAGCAGCUGGAUGUUAACCUUCUACUAGCCCCUCUGUCUCACUAAUGUUAGAGAAUAACCUUGCAUUCAGAUAAAAGAUAUCUUCCCUUAUACAGCACGUUUUCCAUGAGGGCAAUGCAGACCAGUCUCUUGUCAUUUCAGUACUAUCAUAACAGCCUCUGUUGACAGACAUUCUGUUGUAAAACAGCUGUUCCAGCUGUGAGAGUGGAGAGGAAUAGGCCAAAAUUUAUCACACCCAACAUUAAUAACCAUCCAUGACUAGUACCAAUGCCAGCUGUUUAACGUAAUGCACAAACUCACCCACUAGAUACCAGCCUACUUGUGCAGAAGCGUACUUGGUCUGUGUGUGUUAAACGAGCUGGUUUUGCUGUCUUUGAAAUUGUCCUGUUAGGGGUUUUGAGAACGAUACAUGUUGUUAAUGUGUAAACUGACCUUGCUCUUCCACCUUCGCUCAAGGUGAGUCUUGCUCGCUGCCUCAUUAGGUUUCCUUGUUUUAAAAUGGAAAGAGUUUAGCAACUGGCCUUUAGGAGCAGCUGAAGGGACCUUGUCAGGUCUGAAAAAUUAAAAUGCUUCUUCAGUAUGCACCAGCCACAAUGGGCAGGCUUUGCAACUGUAUGUGCAUCUUUUUUAAAUGCUUCCCCCUCACAACCCCAACCCCUUAUGUGGGACAAAACUCAGCAGAUGGGUCACUUUCUGCUUAAAUCUUGAAAAACUGCUCUGUCUGGUUCCUCGCCAAGCUGUUUUAAAUUAGCUCUCAAUGAAUUUAGGCCCCAAUCCUGACUCUUGUACACAUGCUUACCUGGAACUCAAACUACAAAGGUAAAGCACAUGGCUGGAGGGUAGGAGUCAUAGAUUUUAAAAAGCAUUGAUAAGGAAACAAGUCAACUCUAAAUUUGGCACUGCCGUUCACAGCAGUAAUCAGACCAUUACCUGUUGUUCCUGCCCCCUUGCCUACAUAUUGUGUCUGCUUCAUGCAGGAAAAUACCCUUGGACACCCAUUUCACUAAACCUGUUUUACUGGAGAAGCAGGAUUUGGAUGAGGCUAAAUAUAUUUAAAGAAAAACCACUGUGAUCUGUUUCUUUGAUGCCUUCAAGCCAGAGCUGGCCUCUUCUUGCUUCUGAAGUCAGCAGCUCCUCAUGCUGCAGUUUGAGAUCUGUCUCCCUGCCAAAAGUCAAGUAGUUCAUGAUGUUGAAUGGCCUUUUAUACUGGUAAAGAAGUCUUGUCUACCUACUUCCUUGUCACCCGCCUCUUUGAAAGUCUAAUCAAAUCCUUACCAAGAAUAAACCAGUCCAUGGCAUGAGACUCAUGAAGUUUUAAUUAAAGCUUUACACGUUUCAGUGGUCAUUGUCAUUAGUGAGUUCACAGUGCUGAAGAGGCAACAUUCUCAUCUGGCUUUUUUUCUCUGCAGCUUGACAGGGAGGUGGUUUGUGUCAUUGAAUGCCCCUUUUCUCCUGCAUAGUUUAACAGCACAGUAUUGUGUUAAAACCAUAGGUUUCAAUUACAGCAAGAAAUGCCAGCGUUAAACCGCUUUACAGGAAAUUCACUAUACAGAAGUGCUGCGACUAAACUUUGUAGUCAAGUGCAAAAGAGCCAAGUUCAGUGUAAGUGUGCAGUUGG